AUGGAAGAUAAAUAAAUCAUCAAAUUCACUCAAAAACAUUUCCUUCUCAAGAAUGUACUACCAAUGGAGUGCCUUGAUCUUUUGCUCACAAUGCAUAAUAUGUUCUCAGUUGAGAGGAACAACAUUCUCCUUCAAACCUAACACAGUCUAUCUAGAUUCGAUACUGAUGGUUCACUUAGGUAAAGACUAGAGACUCAUGCGAUAAGAAAACAUAGAUGGGUAGCAAGAUCAUAUCCUUAAAACCUACAGAAGCGUCAAGUAGAGAUCACUGCUCCUCCAAAUAAAAAAGAGGUUGUAAAUGCCUUAAACUCAGGAGCAGAUGUGUUUAUGGCUGACUUCGAAGAUGCUUUGUCUCCAACUUGGCCUAAUAUCCUUGGUGGCCACUAUAACAUGAUGAAGGCAAUUAAGCGAAAUCUAAGAUUCUACGAGCCAUCCAAAUCUAAAGAGUACCAGGUGCUAAAUAUCAACAGUCAGGUGAUGAUUCGACCUAGAUCUCUUGCUAAGGAAGAAGCACAUCUUUUAGUAGAUGGCACACCAAUCUCAGCAACUAUAUUUGAUCUGACGGUGUAUGCCUAUUUGAAUCAUCAGACUUUACAAGAUCUAGGACAAAGUUGCUACUUUUAUCUGCCCAAGAUUAAUAAUAUGGAAGAAGCUAUAUUCUGGAAUUAAAUGCUAAUAUAUCUUGAGAAGUAGUUGUUGGUCCCAACUAAUACAUUCAAAGUAACUGUAAUAGUAGAAACAGUCACAGCUAUGCUUGAAUUGGAAGAGAUUAUAUUUGCCUUCAAGCAUCGUAUAGUGGGUGUGAACACUGGCAGAUGGAACUAUAUAUUCUCUAUAGUAAAAAGAUUCCAGCACUUCCAGAAUAGUUUCAUAGACUCGAGGCACAAGAUAUCUAUGGAGGAUAAAUUUAUGAAUAACUUCAACAGAUAUGUGGUACAUAUAGCUCAUAAAAGAGGCAUUCAUGUAAUUGGAGGAGCAUCAAAUUACGUUCCUAGAGAGCAUUUCCCUAAGGCAACAAUCUAAGCUAAGGCCCAAAUAGUUAAGGAGAAAAGAGAGGAGGCUAAUGAAGGAUUUGAUGGAUCCUGGGUGAUUCACCCGGUUUUAGUCGAGACAGCAUAAAAGAUCUUCUCAAUGGUAGUUAGCAACUCUCCCAAUCAAAAGUAAAAGUUUGAGGAAGACGAGUAUAGAUAAACCUUCGACGAGAUCUUUGCAUUUGUGAAUUCUAAAUGUGCUGAGAAGUACGAUCUUCAAGUGGAAAAGGUAGACAUCUUGAAGAGCAUCCGUGUGUGCAUUAUCUACUACUUCAACUGGUUGAAAGGCAUAGGAGCUGUAGCCUUUGAGAACCUGAUGGAAGAUGCAGCAACUACUGAGAUUUGCAGAGCUUAACUUUGGGUGUGGCUGCAUAACAGAGCCACUAUCACUGAGAAAAACAAGCAGCUAACACCUGAAAGACUGAUGAAGUAUAUAGAUAAGGAAAGUAGUCGCAUAAAGACUCACGAUAAGCUAACUCAUUUUUAGGCCAAGAGUUUACUUAAGAUACUGCUUAAGUAAACAACCAUGAUUGAGUCAUUUAUGGAGAUUGCAUACCCGCUGCUAGACAAACAUCAGGCUAAGCUAUGA